AUGGGGAAGAAGCAGCACGCUAAGGACCGGCUGUAUUUAACGACAAAGGAAUGGAAGGAGGAGUGGGGUGGUGCAAAGGCGGCGGGCAACGUGCAGCUCACGAAGCUGCCGUUUCAUUGCUGCGCGAUCAGCUUCACCCCCUUCGAAGACGCGGUGUGCACAGCGGACGGAUCAGUCUUCGACAUCGUGAACGCCGUUCCGUACAUCCAAAAGUACCACCGCCACCCAGUAACGGGGGAGCCCCUCGAGUUGAAGGAUUUGAUUCAGCUGAAGUUCCACAAGAACGCCGAAGGAUCGUAUCACUGCCCCGUCAUGAACAAGGUCUUCACGGAGCACACACACAUUGUGGCUGUGAGGACCACUGGCAACGUGUAUUGCUACAAGGCUGUUGAUGAGCUGAACAUCAAGCCAAAAAACUGGAAAGAUUUGCUGACUGACGAACCCUUUCAUCGAAAGGACAUCAUCCACAUACAGGAUCCUUUGAAAGUGAGGGACGUCAGGGAGUUUGACCACAUAAGGAAGAAUCUGAUUGUUGAGGAGGAACAGGCUGACGAGAAAGAUGUGUUUCGGAACAUCAGUGACGACACCAAGAGAGCACUGGAGUCUUUGAACACAGCUGCUUCUCAGGCUGCUUUCCAAGCUGGAGGAGGUGGCCGUCACGCACAGGCAAGGCAGCUUCUUGCGGAGGCUAACGCCAAAGAGAAGGCCAGGAAGGAGGGCAAAUCUGACAAAGUGGCAAAAACAGGUCAAGGAGACUGGCGCUUGCAGCCACCUGAGAGACAACAGCUGAUGCCGAUGAAGCCAGGGGCGUCAACAUGGGACACUGACGAUUACACCCAGCCAGAAAGCAAGUCGAAGAAACGAAAGCGACUGGCUGCAGCUCAGGGGGAAAAUGCAAACGAGCCAGCUAAAGCCAAGAAACCCACACCUAAGGAACUGUAUGAGAAACACGUGAAAUACGUGGAAGCUAAUGAGACCACCGGUGCCAUGUCUCGUGCAUUCACUUCGACGGUCAUGGCCUCGACCACAAAGAGUGAGAGACGACUCAUACGCCUGGACAGGAAUCCCAAGAAGAAGGGCUACUUGCGGAUGCACACUAGCCUGGGCGACCUGAACAUCGAGCUCCAUUGCGACAUUGUCCCACGGACAUGUGAAAAUUUCCUUGGCCUUUGUGAGAUGGGGUAUUAUGACGGGGUUGUAUUCCAUAGAAGCAUCAAGAAUUUUAUGGCUCAGGGAGGUGACCCUACGGGAACAGGCAAGGGAGGUGAAUCCAUCUACGGGCCCACUUUCACGGAUGAGCUGGACUCUAGGCUCACGCACUCUGGCCGUGGCGUCCUGAGCAUGGCGAACUCGGGACCCCACACCAACGGCAGCCAGUUCUUCAUACUGUACAAGUCAGCGCAUCAUUUGGAUUUCAAGCACACAGUCUUUGGCAAGGUUGUGGGUGGCCUAGACACCCUGACUGCCAUGGAGAAAGUCAGUACCGAUGACGAAGACCGACCCACUCAGGCGAUCACCAUCACCGGCGUGACAGUAUUCACCAACCCAUACCGGGAGAUGGAGGAGCAAGAAGGGAAAGAAAAGGAAGACGAAGAACGCAAGGCGAAACAAAUGGAAGAGGACGAUCGCAAAGGCCUGUGGUUCAGCGAUCCGGGGCGACAAGCCCGCCAUGAAAAAAUGCAGUCCUUGGCAGACUUGAAGACGGGUGGGUCGGAGGUUGGUCGAUAUUUGAGAAUGCCGGCAUCUUCUUCUGGGCUUGGCAAGGCUCUGGAUCAUAAUCUUAAAACCAGUGAAUCCAACGGUGGAAAGGGAACCGAACACGAGCAGAGAGAUGCCGGUGGGCAGGCGCCCAAGCAGGCCAAGAAAUCUGGCAACGGUUAUGGCAAUUUUGACAAUUGGUGA